ACAGAAAAAAAAAGCAAACAAACUGGAAUAUGUAGAACAAGACGAUACACUUGGGAUGCAUAUUCUCGGAAGAGGUCACAGAAUUUGUAACGAAUAGCUUAGACGAAGGAAGUGAAAUACUACUAAUAAGGUUGAAGUGAAGAACAAAACUAUUGUGCAUGUGUUUACUUCGACACAUAGCCCGAGCUGCGGCAUUGAUUAGAACAAGAUACAGCGAUGAAAUUUUCAAUAUGUAUACUCCUUCUCAUUGUUGAUGCUGCGAUGUCAGAGAUUUGCUACAAAACAGGCAAGAAAUUUUGUACAUCUGCUAUGAAGAAGUAUCCUGUACGUACUCCAGACACCUACUACUGCAAUCGCAUAAAAAAGUUGAAGGAAUGUUUUGAUGGAAAGUACAAUGACUGCACUGAUUACUUCACAAACAUUUUUCAGAAUAAAAAAUGUGAGGAAGUAAUUGCUAAACAAAGUGCUCCUCCUUCACUCCGCCUUGAGUCAUCAUGCAUCCUAUUUCUGGUUCUAAUGAUAUCGGUUUUGAUGUGAUGGAAAGCCGCGUCUGCUGGUGUUAUAUAUUUCACAUAUGAAUAUUUAUAAAUACGUAAUCGUUUCAAAUUUUCUAAUUUCUCACUUGCACAACACAUCAAAUUUGAGGAACAUCAAAUGCACUUUAUUAUCCUUGAAAUAUCUGUGCAAUAAAAUCAUAAUUUCCGUGUAA